GUGUGUUUAUUCCUUUUUUCACUAGAGCUGCAUUAGUUUCUUUCUUGCAAAUACAAAAUUUGAGCCAUUUUCUUUUUCUUCCUCUUGUGUUUUAUUUAAUCAUUUCUGUUUGAAGCAUUCAUCUUAAGCUUAUCUGGAUCUGACUUUAAAGAUUUUGCAAAAAACUCAGGUUUAGUGGGACAGAGGGCAUUGAACAGGAAAAAUCUUAUUAAGACCAAGAUUUUACUCUUGUGGGCCAAAAGGUUGUUGAGAUAUGCAGACACCUAAAGCAAGAAACAGUUCCUCUGAAGUGCCACAGAAGAAAUCUCCACGAGGCAAUUCGUCCGAAGUGCCUCUAAAGAUCUCUCCCCGGGGUGUGAAAUCUCGAGAAGCUCCUCAAAAGAAUUCUCCUCGAGGUGUUCCUCAAGAUGUGCCUCAAAAGGUUUCUCCUCGAGUUGCGCGCCGCCUGAAGACGGGUGCACCAGAUUCCGACUCUGCAUCUUCUCCUCAUGUUAAUGGUAGGACACCAAAAGAGAGAAGGGCUAAGGUCACCGAGCAGAAAUCGCCUCAAAGUUCGGAAUCUGAGAAGAAGCGCCCAAGCAGGGUCACUGAAUUGGAGUCGCAAAUCACUCAGCUCAAAAAUGAUCUUAAAGACAAGCUAAGUUCAUCUGAAGCAUGCAAAAAGCAAGCUGAGGUAGAGGUAGAGGCCGAGGAGUCAAAGGGGCAGUGUACAAUAUUGUCCUCCGAACUGGACCAGCUUCCCGAGCAACCUUCUUCUGAGAGUACAUGUCCAACUGACCACCAAAAGUCCGCCGAGGAUCUGACAUUGCAUUCAGAACUUGAGUCAAUCCAAAAACAGCAUUCGGUGGACGCAGCUUCAUUAGCUUCUGCCUUGAAUGAGAUCAAGGAACUAAAGACUCAGCUUGAUACUGUUGCUCUAUCUGAGGCUACAAAAACCAAGAAUGCAGAAGCAGCACAAACUGAGCUCGAAAGCUUGAAACAAAACUUGGCGGAUACUCUUUCGCUUAUGGAAGACAUGAAAAAACAACUAAAAGAUAGCAAAGAUUCAGAAGCUCAAGCUCAAACACUUGUUACCGAAACUCUGUUGCAACUGGAAUCAGCAAAGAAGACCGUGGAGUCCCUCAGGUCUGAUGGUAACAAAGUUGUGGAAGCAUACAAUGCUAUAUCUUCCGAGUUGGAUCAGUCGAAGGCACGUGCAAAUUCACUUGAAGACCUUGUUUCCAAACUCCAAACAAAUACUAGUAACGUUGGUGAAAGUGAAAUUGUCGAAAUUGAUGAAAGUACGGAAAAAAUUGAGGCAGAAUUGUUUUCUCUGAAAUCUGAAGUUGAACGUCUGAGAGCUGAUCUGGAAGCAGCUGAGAUCAAAUACAACGAAGAGAAAACUCAAAGCACACUUGAAAUUAGAAGUGCGUAUGAGUUGGUGGAGCAAAUCAAGUUAAUGUCUAGGCAGAAGGAAGAUGAGCUGCAAGGAGAAUUACAAAAUUUCAAAACACAAAUAGAGGAGUUGAAGGCGAAUUUGAUGGAUAAAGAAAAUGAAUUGCAAGGUAUUUGCGAGGAGAAUGAGAAUCUUAUCAUGAAACUAGAGAAUGCACAAUCUGGGAAAGGAGAAAAUGAACUUGAAAAGGAGCUUCAAAGAUCAAGACUUUAUAUCGAAAAUCUGAAGGCAGAUCUGAUGGAUAAGGAAAACGAACUGCAGAAUAUUUUAGAGGAAAAUGAGAUCCUGAAGAACGAAACUGAUAAAAAGGAAAGCAAUAGAGGUAAAGUGAAGGAUGAAGUUACUGCUGAACUAGACGCUGCAAAGACUGCAGAAAGAGAAGCUCUCAUGAGGCUCGGGUACAUGAACGAGGAGGUUGAUAAGAGUAACCGGCGGGUGGCUAGGGUAGCUGAGCAAUUGGAUGCAGCUCAAGCUUCCAAUGCAGAAAUGGAAGCAGAACUAAGGAAGUUGAAGGUUCAAUCCAACCAAUGGAGGAAAGCUGCUGAAGUAGCGACCGCUAUGCUAUCAAAUGGUAAUAACGGGAAAUUCGUGGAACGAACCGGAUCGAUGGACAGUCCGUACAGUCCUCACAAGAUUAGUUCGCCUUACUUUGAUGACAUGGAUGAAGAUUUAAUGAAGAGGAAAAAUCCGAAUAUGCUUAAGAGGAUCGGCGAGCUAUGGAAGAAGCCACUAAAAUAGGUAAGUAUGUGGAACUUAACCUAUUAGUUUAUGUAUUUCAAACAAAGUCAACUGGAAUUCUACUUAUUAUGUAAUCAUAUAGAAGCUCUGCUCAGCCUAGAACUGAGUCUAAUGAUUGUUCAAUUCUGUUGCUCUUUCUUUUUCAUGUUUUCAUGAGUAUCUAUGCCGUUUGUUAUAUAUGAUUUUUGAAUGCUCUUA